CAACCUUGCAAACAGGAACGACUCUCUCUGUUGGGCAACAGCAAAGUAAAACCUCCACUACGAAUGACAAAGAGAAGUACAAGCUGCCUGCAACUUUCAUGGCAAUUGAAAAUGAUUAUCCUGGAAUUGAGGACAAAACCAGUAGCAACAAUCACUCAGCCUCGGAUGUUUCUGUUGUCAGUUCACAAGGCAUAGAAAAUGGGAUUUUGGAGAUGAAAUGCUCGUCUUGUGACUUGGAUGGCUCUUUGGAGACAGGAAACAGACAAGGUGUAGACAAAGGCUACUCAUGGAAAAACUUACAACAGUGAACAAAGGUAAGAAAGAAACUGCCUGAAGGGAAAGCCAAAGUUAGUAUAGCCAGCCGGACAAAGACAUCAAAAGACACUUUAAAUCUGUUGCAUCCUAAAGAGCUUCACACUGCUGGAAGUCACACACUUCAAAUGGAAAUAAGUUAUUUGGAUUCUGCUGCGGUGCUUCACCAACAAGGAGAAAGUAUUUCAAACUGUGGAAAGCAGGAUAUAGUGAAUACUUCAAACAAGAUCAGUUUAUUUAAUGGUGAAGAAAAAGAUAGCAGUAGCCCAUGGGGAUGCAAGUGGAUUAGCAACCUGGCGGAGGAAGCUCAAAUGCCAAAUGAAAAUUCCACAGUUCUGGUAAAACACCACAAAACUGACGUUGAAAACACAGCACAUAUCAGCAGUGGCCUGAAACAUUUUACAACGGAGAGAAUUUUUUGCAUGUCUUUUCCUGUAAAAAGCACUUCUGCUGAAAAGUCAGCUUUGGAAAAUCUCAUUGGCAAAAAUGGAUAUCAGACAGGCAAUGCAAUGCUGGAAAACUCUGCUGGCCUUUACAUACCUAAUAAUAAUGAGCAGGAGCAAUGCUGGGAUCAAACCCUUUGUCUCACAACCAUGGACAAAAUGGCAAGUCACAAUAUACUAUCAGGUGCACGACAUCACCCCAAUGCCACAUCUAAGCAAGAAGGCUUAUGUGACCCUCUGACUACUGUGGCUGGGCCUGAUACACAGACGGAAAGAACAAAGACAUGUGGAGAAAAGCGUCAUGAAGUCAACGAGGUAAAAACAGCCCAUGACACUCCAUGCACCGGAUAUCUAUCUGAAGCAAAUUUCCAGAGAGCCUUGGCAUCUGCAGAACCUGAGGUUAGAGACUCUGAUUUAUCAUUAAUGCAUGAGCAGUUACAGAAACCUCUUUAUGAGGAAGAAGGCGGGGGCUAUGACUUCACUUGUGCAAGCAGUGAGGUCGAGAGUUUAGCAGCUGGGACUGACUCUGCCAAGGAGGUUGAAAGGCUGAACAUUACUGGGGAUAUAAGUGCCGCACAGCAUGUGCCAGGAAAUUUAACAGAAGAUAAUCAGCUUGUCACAGAAUUGGCAAUGGUAAUGAAAGUCCACACUGAUUAUUACAGCCUGCUAAAAACAGAUGAAGCAUGCAGCCAUACAACCAGAGGCAACUGUUCCCUUAAGCUACCUGUAGGAGUAGAUGCCAUUUGUCUGUGCUCUGCCUCUGGACAUGAAACAGAAAAGUCAUCUGUCCAUAAUUUAAGAAGCAAUAUCCAAAAGGAAAAGCCUGAAGAUAAUGGAUGUGUUCAGAUGUCUACUUGUCAGGAAGAAGCUAUUAUGACCGAUAACUCUUUCCAGUCUUGCGGACUAGAAUCUCCAUUCAAACUUACAGAAGCUCUAGACAAUCCUUUAGAACGUGGCCAAGAAAUUUUAUCAGAUCUACCGGCUAAUUAUCCUGGCCCACUGUCUUAUAUUGAACAGGAUGUUCAUUGUACAGAGAGUCCCAACCCAAAGCAGGCUGACAAGAUGCCUACUAAAGAUGCUCAUGGUACACCAUGUCACUCAAGAAUAAAAGAGUGUCCAAAUCUUGCUGAACUUUCACUGAAAGAGGAUUCAUCCAGUAAUUUCUCUGGCAAAAAUACUGAUCAGUUUGCAACUGAAGAACAGUCUUCAAUUACAGCAAUCGAUAAAGAAACUGCAGAGAAAUUUCAGAAGAAAGGAACUGAGUCAGAACUGAAAACACAAAUUGACAGUAACUAUGUUAUUUAUCAUGUUUUGAGAGGUAAUAAUAGUAAAGAUGUUCAAGCUGUUUCUGAUGCACAUAAUUACAGCUACCACAUGCAAGAACAUAAUUCAGUUCUAGCUACUGAGUCUAAAGCUGACCAAGGCAAUAAAAGAACAGAGGGGCUCAAAGAGAAGCCAGUGUUCACAGCAUCAUACACCUUUAGAUUCUACACGGAAGUAUUGUUAGAAAUAAACAAGAAUGAUGAAAAUAGUAUGAGUGAAGAACGUAAAGAUUUUGGAACAAGCAUAGGACAGACCGCCCUAGAACCCAAACAUGUCUUAGAGAUGCCACCACCAUCAGAUUCUCAACAAACAAUAUCAGAAAAGAAUUCUAGCACUGGUACCCAUUUUUGUGAAAGUGCUAAAGGGUUAGGAUUGGAUUCCAUAAAUAUUCCAUCGGCACCUUCCAGGUCAUCAGCUUUAAAAACUGUUCAGCCAUCAAGUAUUUCCAGAAAUGAAUGUGACAGUGCAGGUCAGGAUAAUCAUAAUGCUAGCAAUAUGGUAGGCAAUGUAAUAGUUGGUACUCAGGAUAGGAUCCAACAAGAAAACGCAUGCAUAGGUUGCAGUACAAAUGCAUUAGUGCCAGGAAACUCUGGUACAAAUGCAGUCGAAAGCAUAAUGCAAACUGAGUCCAUGCAGAUUAAAGUUAAGAAAGAUAUGGAUACAAAUACUCAUGGACACUGGCAGCAUCAGUGUCAAAAGGUGGAUGGAAAAAAUAAGACCCAAAUAGUCCAGUGUAAGGAUGAAAGGCAAUUGUCUAUUUCACAUGAUUUUGAAGAAGCUGAAGUAGAACCUUAUAUGAGGGCCCUCAUUGAUUCAGAACAAAUGCAUACUUGGCAUGAUAACACUGAAGUACAACAGGAUGAGUACCCAAAUGUAGACAGAGAAAGUCAGACCAAAAUAAUCCCAUGUGAGAGCGGUGCCAGAGAAAAUCAAAAGCCCAUUGAAUGUAACCUAGAAGAGGUAGAGCCUUACAUGAGGGCACUCAUUAAUUCAGAACAGAUGUAUUCGUGGCAUGAUAUUAUGGGCUAUGUGCAUCCAUCCACGGACCCUUCCAGUGAACAAUCUGGUAUGUCUGUAGGGGGAUUAGUGGAAGGAUGUAUAGUUACAUCUACAAGUCAAGCCAGGGCAUUCACAGAUGGUGAGAGGCAAAGCCUAAAUUCAUCAGAGCAUGCAAUGGGGACAUUAGUCAGCAUCUUGCCUUGUGCCGCUGAGAACAGCCAUCACUCUGGGGAACAGCUGCUGCAGGUCAAAACUCAGCCACACACUUUAGGAGCAACUGCAGACGAAGAGAAGACAAAGUCGCAGGAGGCUUCAAAACUCUGCAUGGCACCCUCACAUCACAAUGGUACUGAGGAUGUGAAGCGUAAGCAAGAAGCAGUAAAGAAGAAGAUGGUGCCAAAGGUGCAAAGUAAGAAACCGCGCCUUGAAGCAAAGGAGAAUGUUUGGAACAACGCCAGCUGUGUUAAAACAGUCUCAAGAGCAGAGGGGAGUCUAACUCACAAGGAAGACAAGAGGGAACAACAGAAACUGCCUUGCAAAAAAGACAGCAAAGCCCCCAAACUGGUGAAGAAAAUCCAAGCUGAACUGUUCCCUGAUUUCUCUGGAAAUAUCAAAUUAUGCUGCCAGUUUGGUGAAAUUCAUGAAGACUCCACCAUUACAUGGACUAAAGAUUCUAGGCUCCUUGCCCAGGUGCACAGAAGUGCAGGAGAUGGCUUUCCAGUAUCUCUGGCAAUAGUACAAGCUGGUAAAAAAGACCAAGGACUGUAUCACUGCUGCUUGAAGAAUAUGUAUGGAAAAGCAACUGCAGAGUUUAACUUGACCUCUGAAGUAUUGGAACAUCUUUCCAGUUUUCAGGAAGUUGAAGGCUUGGAAGAAAUUGAAUUCUUGCAGCUGAUGUUCAGAGAAGAUUUCAUCUGCGAUAGUUAUUUCAGUAACAGCCUGCAUGGGAGGAUUACAACAGAAGAGUUACAUUUUGGAGAAGGGGUGCACCGAAAGGCUUUCCGAAGCAAAGUCAUGCAAGGCUUAGUGCCUGUGUUCAGCCCUGGCCACCCCUGCGUUCUGAAAGUGCACAGUGCCAUUGCCUAUAGGACCAAGAACAAAGAUGAACUUGUGAAAAAGAACUACAAAUUGGCACUGCAGGAAUGUUAUGUUCAGAACACAGCGAGAGAGUAUGCCAAGAUAUAUGCCGUUGAAACAAAACCUCUAGAAGGCUUUGGAGAGGUGCCUGAAAUCAUUCCUAUUUUCCUCAUUCAUCGGCCCAAGAACAAUAUCCCUUAUGCAACAGUGGAAGAGGAGCUAAUCGGUGAAUUCGUGAAAUACUCCAUUAGGGAUGGGAAAGAAAUAAACUUCACAAGAAGAGACUCUGAAGCUGGCCAGAAAUGCUGCACCUUUCAGCACUGGGUAUAUGAAAGGACCAGUGGCAGCUUACUUGUAACAGACAUGCAAGGUGUAGGAAUGAAACUAACAGACGUUGGCAUAGCAACACAGGCCAAAGGGUACAAAGGUUUCAAAGGCAACUGCUCCAUCUCAUCUAUUGACCAAUUUAAGGCCCUCCACCAGUGUAAUAAAUACUGUGAGAUGCUGGGACUGAAACCCCUUCAACCCAUCUAUCAGAAACAGAGGAAGGCAGCAGUCUCAAAAAUCAAGACCCAGCCAAGCUCAAGUACUGUAAAGAAAACUGUGGUCAACAGUGCACAGACUACCAAGAAAACAUAGGAACUUGUUUUCUUCCAAAAUAAAUAUUUGUCAUCCUCAUCUUUGCAAUAGGACCUCUCUAGAAAUAUAGACUGUAUCUUCUGGAACUAAACACUCCAGCAACGUGGCUCCCUCUGAGCAUUCAGCAUUGUGCAAGUAGUUAUAACUGCCACAAAGAAAGCGGAAGAGUGGAUGGAUUAGGACACUCAAAUGUUUGAAAAGAUCAGUGCCCCAAAUAAGCUUAGCCAUAUAUGUGUAGAUUGCAUAAAUGGGCUGAAGGUUAUUUGCACAACCUCUUGUUUCUGGAGGCUGUGCAGCACUUAGGCCUUUGGGGAAUUUGCAUCUAGUAGAUUUCUUCAGUGUAAUUCAGCUGCUAAAUAAGUAUUGUAUAUAAGUAAAUGUAGGAUGUUUUCAACCCACAUGAGGUGAAAGGCAUACAUGCCAGAGUCUUCUCCACUUGCAUCUUUUUACUCAAAUGGAGAAUUAUAUCCAGUGCAUUUUUCUAGAUGUUUCUGAAAGUUGGCUUCUCAGACUGCGUAACAGAUGGCAGAUGCAACAAGUUUAUGAGGGAUUCACCUGUGGACCUGGCCUUAGGGGAGGGGUUUUUCUGCACUGGUUUUCAAUAUUGAAAGUUAUGGAUAUGAUAUGAUAGCUUUUAAAAAACAAUACAGUUGUAUUCACCAGAUGACCCAGGGGACUGCAUGGAACUCACAGUGCCUUUAUUUGUGACCCACUACCCUCUAACCUUACCCCUAAUUCAGGUCAGGAGACCUGCAUGGUCCUAGAUAAUGCUCUCUGUCGGAUCUGUAGCUGGUAUGGAAAAGUGUGUGUGAGAGAGAGACAAAGAGAUGGGUAUAGGAGUUGUUGCGCAUGAGUGUGGGUGUGUGACUUCAGUGGUAAAGGAUGCUUUGGCUAGGCAGGAUUGAGGGCGACUACUGUAUUUGUGAGACAUAUUACAGAAGAAAUGCUUUCCCUAAGUGUUCCCCACCCUCAACAAAUUGUACUCUGUGGCAUAUUACCUCUAAACAUGAUGGGAGUUCCAUUUGGAUCUUGCAGAAAGGGGUGGGGAUUUCCUGCAAGACAGGGCUUGGUGUUUGUGUGUGUGCAGCUGUUAGAAUAUGUGGGUGUUAGGAAUCUGACGUCAUGUUCUUUCAUUGCAUUUCAAAGCACACUGAUCUGCAGGAGGAAGUCAUUUCAUUAUACCUGCAGCCUUAUUAAGAUAUCUCCCAUAUUUCACUCACCCACUGACAGUUUUCAGGUCAAUACCACUGUACUAGAAUAAUGGGUUUGUUUCCUAAUUAUUUGCACACUAACAAUAAUCCUUAUUAUACUCCAUACAUUUUUCCCCAAUUAAAUUCCAACUGAAACAAGAUUUAGCAUUGUGAGUAUGUCAAUAAUACCCCUGAUGCUGAGGAGGGUACCAACCAUUUCUAGUUCUCCCCCCACCACUCUGCCCCAAUGAAAAUCAAUUCAGCAGCCUCAUUUGUUUUCAAAUGUUUUGCAGUUUCUUUCUCUUGAAGGCCUGGCUUCUGUUAAUAGGAAACUUUAAAGUCUAGGAGUGGAAAACUUCUAGCCCAAGGGCCAAACUUGGCCCACCAUGGGUUCAUAUUUGGCCUGUGAGGCUGUUUUUCCCAAACUACACCCACUUGCCCCAUACCUGAUGUCAUCUGUGAUCCAAAUGGAGCCUUAAAGGGCAUUCCCAAUUGUGCAUUGCAAGGGAAAGCAGGCUUCGACUCUACCGCCCAUAGCUGCACAAGUAAGCUGGAACUCAUUUGUGCAGCUGAUGACUGCAGAAAGCUGAAGGCUCGGGCGCUUUAAAGCUCCAUGUGGGGUCUUUGCAAGCCCUGUGUGGUGCUUGAAGGCUUGACUUUGAGAUUUCAAAGCACCCAUUCACCUAGCAUCAUUGUGACGCCUGGUGAUUGACAGGUAGACAGCCCCACCCACCCAUCAAAUUUAGCCUGUGAGGCUAGGAUCUGAUAAAGAUCUGCCCUGCAAAGCCAAAAAAGUUCCCCAUCCCUGCUUUAAAAGCCCUUGAAAGCAGUGAUUAUAUCAUACUACUGAAUAUAUGCCAAACAAGUCUGGAGACAGACAGUAGUAUUAAGGGAGUUGAAAGUGGUCAUCCCACAGAGGCAAUUUUUGUUACCCAUGCAGUACACUCUCACCUCUUUUGUCCCAAACGGGUUUUAAGUUUUGGCGAACUUACAAUUAGAGAUGUACCCCAUGGGGAACCGACUCUAUUUUGUACGGUCUUCAGUUCUGUGAAAUAACUGCUGUCUGCCUCACUGCAAGUUGCGGCACUUUAAAAGAGAAAUAAUAGCUCAUCUUCAUGAGAUAGCAAGUAAGCAGUAUGUGCAAUCUGUUUCUAUGGGAUCCCAUCCCAGUGCUGGCAUACUUCCAUUUAAAAAACUGUUAUAAAUGCAUUCAUUCAUACCUACUAUAAAGGUAAAGGUGUCCCGCACUUAUAGUGUGAGUCGUUUCCGACUCUUAGGGUGACGUCUUGCGACGUUUACUAGGCAGACCGUAUAUAUGGGGUGGGAUUGCCAGUUCCUUCCCCGGCCUUUCUUUACCCCCCAGCAUAUGCCGUAUUUUACUGACCACGGAUGGAUGGAAGGCAGAGUGAACCUCGACCCCUUUUACCGGAGAUUCGACUUCCUCCUUCCGUUGGAAUCGAACUCCGGCCGUGAGCAGAACUUCGACUGUAUUACCGCCGCUUACCACUCUGCACCAUGGAGGAUCUUCAUACGUACUAAAAUAAAUAGAAAAUAUAAUAUACAAAAUACAUUAAAGAAAUUUGAACAUUGA